CGGGUGCAGAGCGGCGGCGGGAGGCUGUGCGGCCUCGCGGGCUGGGCUCGGGGCAGGGUGUCCGGCCUCCGGACGUCACUCCCCCCUCCCCCCGCCGUGUCCGCGUAUGGUGACGUCACGUCCUCCGGGGCCCCGCCACGCGGGUCACUGGCUCCCGGGGUCUGUCCGCAUAGCCCGGGGGCGCCGCGUGACCCUGUCGCUCGCGGGGGCAGAUCCGGGGGGCGGGGUCGCGGGCCUCUGUGACUCGCCCGUCCGGAUGCGUUCCCGGAGGACUAUGCGGCCCUCGCCCCCGGGAUCCUGACUUUGCGGACUUACCCAAUGGAGACAGUGGAAGGAAAGAAGAAAGGAUGCGGCACCGGCUUCGAGAUCAGUCCUGCCCGGGUCGCUUGCUGCCUGUUUGACUUAAGGCAAAUUAGCGCCGUCCCUCUUUAUCCGCUCGGGACACGGAAACCCAUGGAUUUGCCCUAUCGGCAACCCCAGAGCCCACCCACUUUCGGGUUCCUGUUGGACAUCGAUGGGGUGCUGGUGCGGGGCCACCAGGUCAUCCCCGCUGCGCGGGAGGCCUUCCGCAGGCUGGUGGACCCCCAGGGGCAGCUGCAGGUGCCCGUGGUCUUUGUCACAAAUGCAGGGAACAUCUUACAGUGCAGCAAAGCCGAGGAGCUAUCAGCCCUGCUGGGCUUCCAGGUGGAGCCUGACCAGGUGAUCCUGUCCCACAGCCCCAUGAAGCUCUUCUCGCAGCAUCACGACAAGCGGAUGCUGGUGUCUGGGCAGGGGCCCCUGGUGGAAAACGCCCGAGCACUGGGCUUCAAGCAUGUGGUCACAGUGGACGAGUUGCGGGCGGCCUUCCCCGUGCUGGACAUGGUGGAUCUGCAGCGGCGGCCCAAGACCACGACCCUCCCAAGGAACGACUUCCCUGCGAUUGAAGGGGUGCUCCUCCUCGGGGAGCCCGUGCGCUGGGAGACGAGCCUGCAGCUGAUCAUGGACAUCCUCCUCAGCAACGGGAGCCCUGGCACCUGUCUGGCCACGGCCCCCUAUCCCCACCUCCCUGUCCUGGCCAGCAACACAGACCUCCUCUGGAUGGCCGAAGCCAAGAUGCCCAGGUUUGGCCACGGCACCUUCCUGCUGUGCCUGGAGGCGGUUUACCGGAAGGUGACGGGCAGAGAGCUGCGCUAUGCGGGCCUGAUGGGCAAGCCCAGCCUCCUCACCUACCAGUACGCUGAGGGCCUGCUCAAGCGGCAGGCGGCGCGGCGGGGCUGGGCGGCCCCCAUCCGGAGUCUCUACGCCGUGGGCGACAACCCCAUGUCUGACGUCUACGGGGCCAACCUGUUCCACCAGCACCUGCAGACGAGGCAGGAGGGGGCGGCGCGGAGCUGCGCCUCCAUCCUGGUGUGCACCGGCGUGUACAGCCCCGGGGCCGCGGGCCCUGCUGCGCCCACCCCAGGCGGCGAGGGGCCUCCGUUCCACGGGCACCGGGACCUUGGCUUCAGCCCAGGGCUCCUGCAGGCGGCCCACGUGGUGAGCGACGUGCACGAAGCCGUGCGGCUGGUCCUCCGCAAGGAAGGCUGGGCUCCGUAGUCAGCCCUGCUCCCUGCGCCCCCUGCCCCGCAACCGGGCAGGUGACACUGCUCGCGUGGAGGCAGCCGCAGGAGUGUACCCGGGCUAGCAUUUGGGUGGAAGCAUCACAUUUUCUGGGCCAAUUCCUGUCUGCGUGUCGUGGAAGCCUGGUCGCAGUCUCGUCCUCACUUUGUCGGGUCUUCUGCAGAAGAGGAGGCGGUGUGCGGCCUCUGCCCGCUGUCAGCACCGGCUGUAACUCACCUCAGACACUACUUUUUAUGGUAUUUUAGUUUAUUGCCCAAAGACUUCGGGCUUAUUUUUUUAAGUUAAAAUAAUUGUAAUAAAUAUUAAUUUU